UCUAAAAAGGAGGAUAUUCGGAAAACCUGAAAUAUUAAAUUACAAGUAUUGUUGUCGGAAACGUUGUUCCUAUUUAGCUGACUUAUUUUGCCAUGUUACAGCUUAGGUUCUCGGGGGCUUUAAAGGAGUUUUGCAAACACAGUCUAAGACUCAAUUUAAAAAAUAAUACGGAAUAUAAAAGACCACCAUGCGCGUCUUCAUUUAGACGCCUUCUAUGUACCCGGACAGAUGCGGCCGGCCAAGCCCAGAAAGAUGCGCUCGCCGCCGAUUCGGCCACGGAGAAGAGAAGGAAGGCAGGCAUUUUACCCAGCCUGGAAGAUCUUCUGUUCUACACCAUUGCAGAGGGCCAGGAGAAAAUUCCUGCCCACAAAUUCACCACGGCAUUGAAAUCCACUGGUCUGCGUACCGGGGACCCUCGUCUUAAGGAAUGUAUGGAGAUGUUAAAGGUCACCCUUAAAACCACUUCAGAUGGCGCUCUGGAUCGACAUCUCUUCAAAAAAUGCGUGCAAAGCAACAUCGUGCUGCUCACUCAGGCUUUCCGCAAGAAGUUCGUCAUUCCCGACUUUCAAUCAUUCACGUCUCACAUCGAUGAAAUUUACGAGAGCGCUAAAUCCUUGUCUGGGGGCCAGGUGGCAGAUUACAUUCCUCAACUCGCGAAAUUCAGCCCAGAUCUCUGGGCGGUGUCCCUCUGUACUGUAGAUGGUCAACGAUACACUGCAGGUGACACGAAAGUUCCAUUCUGUCUGCAGUCGUGUGUGAAACCCUUAAAAUAUGCAGUCGCGGUCCACGACCACGGCACGGAAUAUGUACACCGCUUUAUAGGGAAAGAGCCCAGCGGUCUUCGAUUCAACAAACUGUUCCUCGAUGAAGAUGAUAAACCUCACAAUCCCAUGGUAAACGCUGGCGCCAUAGUUUGCACCUCCCUCCUCAAGCAAGGUGUAAGCAACGCUGAGAAGUUUGACUAUGUGAUGAACUUUAUGAAGAAGUUGGCCGGAAAUGAGUAUGUCGGUUUCAGCAAUGCAACGUUUCAAUCAGAGAGAUUGUCAGGUGACAGAAACUUUGCCAUUGGUUACUACUUGAAAGAGAAAAAGUGUUUUCCCGAGGGCACUGAUAUGAUCUCCAUCCUGGACCUUUACUUCCAGCUGUGCUCCAUUGAGGUGACCUGCGAGAGUGCCAGUGUGAUGGCAGCUACACUGGCGAAUGGCGGGUUUUGUCCGAUCACGGGUGAGCGUGUGCUGAACCCAGAGGCCGUACGGAACACGCUGAGUCUCAUGCACUCCUGCGGCAUGUACGACUUCUCCGGACAGUUCGCUUUCCAUGUUGGUCUUCCGGCUAAAUCGGGUGUUUCCGGGGGUAUUCUGCUGGUGGUGCCUAAUGUGAUGGGCAUCAUGUGUUGGUCUCCUCCUCUGGACAAACUGGGCAACAGUGUGCGAGGCAUCAAGUUCUGCAUGGAUCUGGUUCAACUCUGUAAUUUCCACAACUAUGAUAAUUUAUGGCAUUUUGCUAAGAAACUGGAUCCACGCAGAGAGGGCGGAGAACAACGGGUCAAGUCGGUUAUCAACCUUCUGUUUGCGGCCUACACAGGAGACGUGUCGGCCCUGAGGAGGUUUGCACUGUCAUCCAUGGAUAUGGAGCAAAGAAACUACGACUCAAGGACUGCGCUCCAUGUAGCCUCCGCUGAAGGUCACACUGAGGUUGUGCGUUUUCUCCUGGAAGCCUGUAAGGUGAACCCAGUGCCCCGGGACAGGUGGGGUAACACUCCCAUGGACGAGGCUUUUCAUUUCGGCCAUCACGACGUGGUAACAAUCCUGCAGGACUAUCACAGCACCUACAGCCCCAAGGAGAUCACACCUGAUGGGGAAAAAGAGACAGCUGAGAAGAACUUGGACGGGAUGCUGUAGACACAAUCUAGUCUCCGCUUUUAAAACAUUACACUCCAGAAUUAUCCCAGUGAGUCUGUGUCUAAGGUAUGCAUUUGUAAGACACGAAAACACCAAAAAAAUAAGUGUUUGGCCCCUUUUAACCCCGUUUUGUGGUGUUUGUACAGUAUGUGUAUGCAUGGUUUAUACCGGUAUAACCUGUUUAAACUAUGUCGUUUUGUUUUAUCAUUCACUCAGAGGAAUGUAGCCUCAUAAAGGUCUUUUUAGCUGUAUCUCCACGUGAAUAAUAUAAAUAGUUAAUAGAUGUAAAAAAUAUACAUAUAUAUUGCACAGUUCAAGUAGGGAUUACAGUUUACAAUAAGGAUGUAUACAUUAACAUUAACACAAUAGUUAACAUUAAAUAACAUUGAACAAUACUUUUACAGCAUUUAUUAAUCUUGGUUAAUGUUCAUUUUUACAUAUACAAAUAUUUCUAUAAGUUAGUUUUUAAAAGUUAGAUUUAGUAUUGGUUAGUAGAUUAAGGCAUACAAUUAUAGGGAUGUAGAAAAGGGAUAUUUAUAAAUGAACAUCCAGAUAAAUAAAUGCUGAGUAUAAUAUCUAAUGUUUAAACGAAUGGUAAACUAUUAAGCCUUAUUGUAAAGUGUUACCCAUGUACAUUUCAUGUAUGAUUUGAAAACCUUUUGGGGGUUUUGUUUUAUAGUAGCAUAAAGAUGUCAAAUAGAUAUUUAAGAUAAGAUAUCUAAGAAAAGGCAGGACUGGGGUAGCAGUUACAGGGAUGUGUAUUUCUAUUUACCUUUUUAAUUUUAUUUUUUAUUAAUAUUUAUUUAAAAUAUUGCCUACUUGGUCUUAUUUUAACAUCAGUAUGAAAAAGAGUAGCAGGUCUGUAUGCCAUUAUUGAUUGUUUAUCAUCUUGUGAAUAUGUUUCAAAUAUGACAAUGUUCUUUUGAUUGUCAAGAAAUAUUUGCACUUAUUUUAUAUAUUUAUUCAUUUAUUUAUUUGUUUGUAAUUAAUUUUAAGCUUUGGAAAGACCACUUCUAUAGCUGUCUGUUUGUGCAACUAUUUUCUGUACUUUCAAGGCCAUAUCAUCUAUAGGUAUUUACAGCUGCACCAUCUGCUCUGUACUAUUUUUGGGAGUAACAUACUCCCCCUUUAAGCUGCAGAUACUUUGGUAGCAGUGAUUACUGCUUUUGGAAUAUGUCACGAGGCAUCAGUGUAUUACCCCCUGCUAAUUCAGAGUCUGGGGGACGGAGCUUUAUCUUCUAUCAAGAGACUGUAUGUAUACUUAGUAUUGGAGGAGGGAGUGUUGGCUAAGAUUGUAAAAGACAUCAAGUCUUUAUCUAGAGAUGCAAGGGUGUGCCUUAUGCAAUUCAAGAAGUUAAAUUCUAUUGGACCCCCUCUACAAUGUAUAGGCUUGGUCUUAUAGACACACCCACCUGCUGGUGAUGCCAAUCAGAAGAUGGAAACACAACCAAUGUUUUUUGGGGGCAUGUUAAGAUACAAGAACUUUGGUUGAAGGUUCAGAGUUUUAUGUGUGUCGUAUGGGGCACUCAAAUUGCAUUCUGCCCCAGACUUUGUAUUUUAGGCAAUGAGGCGGUCAUCAAUAUAGGGGAUGAAAACAUAAAAAAAAUGGGUCCUGGCCGGUGUUAUGAUCGGCAGACAGAUUGUUUUAAGGGGAUGGAAGUCGGCUGGAGCGCCCUCAUUUCAAGAGUUACGCACGGAGAUGGGGAGUGUGGCGGCUUUCAAGGAAGUGUCAUCUAGAAGGCUGGGGAACUUUGAUACCUUUGAUGGGAAAUGGGGCAGUUAUUUGUCAUUCCUGGAAGGCUCUUGGGGAGAGGCAGU